CUUUGUGAAAAUGGGAGACUGGAACUUUCUUGGUGGGAUUUUGGAGGAAGUGCAUAUCCACUCCACCAUGGUGGGCAAGAUCUGGCUGACCAUCCUGUUCAUCUUCCGGAUGCUGGUGCUCGGCGUGGCGGCAGAGGACGUGUGGAACGACGAGCAGGCCGACUUCAUCUGCAACACGGAGCAGCCGGGCUGCAGGAACGUCUGCUACGACCGUGCAUUCCCCAUCUCCCUCAUCCGCUACUGGGUGCUGCAGGUCAUCUUCGUGUCCUCGCCCUCGCUGGUCUACAUGGGCCACGCCAUCUACCAGCUGCGGGCGCUGGAGAAGGAGCGCCACUGUAAGAAGGCGGCGCUGCGGCGCGAGCUGGAGGGCGUGGACGUGGAGCUGCUGGAGGCCCGGAGGAGGAUGGAGAGGGAGAUGAGACAGCUGGAGCAGGGGAAGCUGAACAAGGCUCCUCUCAGGGGCUCGCUGCUCCGCACCUACGUGGCCCACAUCGCCACCCGCUCAGUGGUGGAGGUGGGCUUCAUGAUGGGCCAGUACCUCCUGUACGGUCACCAGCUUGGUCCUCUCUAUAAAUGCGACAGGGAACCUUGCCCUAACGUGGUGGACUGCUUUGUCUCUCGGCCCACAGAAAAGAGCGUGUUCAUGGUGUUCAUGCAGGGUAUUGCAGCCGUGUCCUUGUUCCUCAGCCUGCUGGAGAUCAUGCACCUGGGCUACAAGAAGCUGAAGAAGGGGAUCCUGGACUUCUACCCUCACCUCCAGGACGACCUGGACGACUACUACGUGGGCAAGUCCAAGAAGAACUCUGUGGUUCAUCAGACGUGUCUGGGGACCUCCGGGGGCCGCAAGGCCACCAUUCCCACCGUGCCCAGCGGCUACACCCUCCUGCUGGAGAAACAAGGGAACGGCCCCAACUACCCCCUCCUCAACGCCUGCUCCGCCUUCGUCCCCAUACAAGACGCCCCCAGAGCCAAACCAGGAUCAGACACCAAAGAGGUGGUGAUGCCCAGUUCUGUGGAGCACAACAGCAACUCCAACAACACCAGCAGCGAGGCCCGCUCCCCUGCUCCGGACCAGCACCUCUCCCCUGCUCCGGACCAGCACCUCUCUCCUGCUCCGGACCAGCACCACCCCCCUCCCUCCCACUGUGAGGAUGUGGAGUCUGGGAGCCCUGAGUACCCCACCCUGCCGGUGGCCAGCGCCUCCUCCUGCUCCAGCCUGUCAGGCUUCACCAGGAAGCCGCGGAGGGAGAGCGCGCCGUGGAAUUGCACCACAGUGGUGGAGGGGAACGGUUCAGACAGUGGUGACUCUUACCCAGGGAACAUGAAGCCUCGCUGCAGCUUGGCAGCCAGCCGGACCAGAGCCUUCUCUAAGCCCGACCUCAAGAGACUGAGGAGGGCCCGGAGCCCAGACUCUACCGGGGAGCUGAGCUCUGCGUCUCAGCACAGCCACGACAGCCCUGCCGCCUUCUCUCCCAACCGCAGAGUGUCAUUGGCAAGUAACGCCAGCAGCAGGCGAGCCACAACUGACCUGCAAAUCUAA